UAUGCAGCCGCACGGCUCCUGCGCCUUGCUUCGCCAACAAAGUUCUCCCGUUCCAGGUCCGACAGCAGAUCCUUGAAUUCAAGAACUAUGGGAAAACAAGAAGCAUUAAAUGAAGGAGAGACACAUUAUAUCGUUCCACCAGGUCAUGAAGCACUUUCUCCUGGCUGCAGGGAGCUGACGCAGGCAGUACGUAUACAGCAAAGGUCUCUGGAGCAGAAAAUGCAGAGCUGUCUGGAUGAGUUGCGCAGGCUCUGCUUGCGGGAGGCAGAACUCACGGGUGUAUUGCCAAAAGAAUAUCCACUUAAAACUGGUGAAACACCCCCUAAGGUGCGGCGGAGGGUUGGAGCUUUGUUUAAACUGGACGAGCGAGCGAUUCAGUAUAAGAGAGAGGACCCACUCAGCUCCCUGGAGGCAGAUAUUUUACUGCAGCGGCAGAUCACAGAGGCAGCCCGCCGCCUGUAUCUGGAGGAUUCCCUGUCCAAACAAGUCCGACAUCGGAGAAAGGUAGCACUGAGAGCUGCGGAGCAGAAGCUUCUAACUCUAGAGGACAGGCUAAUCCAGGAACGCAGCCAGGGAGGAGGUAUGCGAUUAGAAGACAGCAGUGUGUCCGAAUCAAGCUCCAUGUCUGACAUCACAACCUUGGAAGAUGAUGACAGCCAGAGGGUGUCUUUCUCUGUUUUGCCAUCUGUUACCCGACCUCUUCCACCUCAGACACUUGAGGGAUUGCGUCCUGUAUGGAGUGAGGGUGAAAAUGAAAAAAAUCCACUGCAGAACAGCCCCUGGAGAGAAUCUAGCCUUGACCUGCCCUAUGAAAAACCACCCAAGGGUUUGAAUAACUCCCGAAGCCAGAGCAGCAGUCCUGCUGUCACACCUUUACCCAGUCCCCAAGAACUGCCUACUGGAAACAGAAAUCACAACACCCAGAACAUUGAUAUAAUUACACUAACCAUACAAGGCAGCCCAGAAAGCAGCAAUAGAAGCAGGGUCUCAAAAUCUGUAAGAAUUCAGAGCAACCACGAACUCGGUGAACCUAGAGGACGCAGCUUAUGCCGCCGGGCGACCAGCUUCAACACUUCAUCUAAUUCCGUAUACUCCUCUUCUCUUUCAAACCCCUUAUAUAAUUCCUCUAACCCUUUAUACACCUCCUCUUCUGACACACUGUUUGAGUCACCAAGUUUGCCGCCAUCGUAUAAAUUAGCCUUCUGCCCUGUUGCUCCACAAAGAGAAGUGCUUAAAAUUGUCCAUGUACCAAGUAUAAGGGAGCACGUUGUGCUUGCCGAACCCUCAAAGCCUGACAUUACGCAGGAGCUGCAUUAUUGGCACAUCAGAGCCAGUAUGAGGGGAUCCAAUGGUUUGCGGCCAAGGUCACUGGACCGACAAGGAGCCAUAAAGCUGCGCAGUGGGACAUCCUGGAGCCACCUGGUCCAGACACAGAAAACACAAGUAUCCCACAGGCAUGUGCUGAGAAGAACAGCAGAGGGUGCUCCUUUGCAGUGGUAUGACCCAGAGGAGGCCCAAAUUAUUAGCCAGGUCUAGAGAAUCCAGGAUCCUGUAAAAAAAUGCCUAUGACAACUCUGCACUGAACUCCACGGCUGUCUUUAUAUGUCUAUUUUUGCCAGGACGAUAUUAUCUGUUUCUCUGCUGGACAGAGAUUUUUUUUAUUAUGUUUCUUCCUCACGGACACCUUUUGAUAUCUGCUUUACAUUGCAGUAGUACUGCAGAUUCAUGCGCAAUAAGUGGAACUGAUGCUUGAUAACCUCUAAUUAUCAACAAGCUCAUUAAAAUGAAUGACACUUUUAAUGGAUAAGAAAAUGUGUUGCUUUAUAUCUAAUAUAUUAUGUAAUCUAUUGAGGUAAGACACAAAAGUACAAAUGUUGCUUGAUCAAACUAAUUUUCAUUCACUGUUUUCCUAAGCAGUUUUUUUUUAUUUUUUUA